AUGAGUUAUCUGAUUCUAAGCCUGACCGGCAGUGACAGUGCUAGAAAUGAGAAUAACCAGACACGAGUACACGGGCCCCAGUUUACCUCUUUGCUUCGUCAGGUUCUAUCAACGCUAGCUGCCCUAGAUAUUGAAGAUCUCAGGAUUCUUUCCACGAGAAUGCAGCGCUUUGGCGUACUCUUUGAUAUAGUCGAUACCCCACAUUUCGGAAACCACCGCGGCCAGGAACCUAGGCUCGCUCGCUCCAUGGAUGGGGCGAUAUAUGCACAACCAUACAACAGAUCUUUAGAGGAGCCCUCUCUACCACAAGGAAGCCCAGAGGCUAUUCUCUCCCUGGGCUCGGUGCCAAGCCCCUUAUUAGCUCCUGGACAGGGGAUGGACAGCCCUGGGACGACGAUUCUACAUGAAACGAGGGAAGCAAACCAGAGCCAACUAUCCCUCGGUGGUGGUGACACUGUGCUAGAGGAACAGAAUGGUAUUCAGCAGAUAGCGGGCGAGAGAAAUUGCCUGCCUCUUUCCCCUUCUACAAACGGUGAGACACUUGAGGACACAGGCACACGGCCACCGUCAAGAGAUGGCGCUGCCACAACUCGGUACCUUCGCGCGUAUCGGAUAAUGACGGACACAUUUGGGGAGAAGUUAAAGCCUUCUAGCAUAAUUAGCGCAAUCAAAGCCGGCGAUGAUCUAAUCAGGAAAGAUGCUAUUGAUUUUCUUCAGUCGCAUCUUGCCAUGUGGGCCGAGAAGGGCAUCUGGGAUCAACCCCUUGUUGCUGCGCCAACCGUAGAUGAUUCCAACCUAGCUAGUUUCAUCAAGUUGCUGAGAUGUGCGGAUGUGCUGGAGCGCUCAUUCGAGUGCUAUGAUAUUCAACUGCGUGUAGCACAGGUCCUUCUAUACCGCCAUUAUGAACGGUUUCUGUUCGAUGUUAAACGGGGUGGCCAGGCGGUCGGUCGACGGCUAUCGGCAUAUACCGUCGAUUUUCUCCUCCGGCAAGUCCACAUGGAGGAAUGGGAUCAGAUGGAUGAGAAGAGGAGACAAGGGCAUAGAAGGAGCCUCCAGGAUAGCAAGGCCAUGGGGAAGCGGUGGCUGGCCCUGACAGGUCACUUUGGAUACGGCAUUCUGCUGAUAUGCGGAAAAGGACCCGCUCGCGUGAUGUGA